UGUCAUGACAACGAGUCCGCGCCCCGCGCUCAGCUGCUGUUCGGGCGGGACCCAGGCUGGACCGCGGGCCCCGGCCUGGGGGCCACAGCUGCCACCUCCGCCGCCACCUCAUCUCCUCCCCGUCCCCUGUCCCGCCCCGCGUCUUCCCGCCGUAGUCGGGCCGGAGGCCGGGGUCCCUCCCCGCCGCCCACCCUGCGCGGAUGCCGAAGGUGAAGGCGCUGCAAUGCGCCCUGGCGCUGGAGAUCCGCUCUGUAACUUGUCCAGGAGUGGUGCUGAAAGACAAGGAGGACAUCUAUCUUAGUAUCUGUGUGUUUGGCCAAUACAAAAAGACACAAUGUGUCCCAGCCACUUUUCCCCUGGUCUUCAAUGCCAGAAUGGUGUUUGAAAAGGUGUUCCCGGAAGCAGUAGACCCUGGAGAUGUGGUUGCACAGCUUGAGUAUGAUACAGCAGUGUUUGAGUUGAUACAGCUAGUUCCACCAGUGGGAGAAACACUGUCUACCUAUGAUGAAAAUACACGAGAUUUCAUGUUCCCGGGUCCAAACCAAAUUUCUGGGCACCAUGAUUCAAACCGCCAGGUUACCAUGAGGAGGAUUUCUGGCCUAAGAGGAAUUGCUCCAAAGCUGGAAUUUUCUACAACUUCAGUGAUCACGGAAUGUCUGAUAAGCUCAAGGAAGUGCCGCACUCAGGAUAAAUUUACUUACCAUUCAGCUCCAGUUGAAAAAUCCCACGGCAGACUGCAAUGCAGAACAUCAAGAUCACAGAAGAAAAAGUCCAAGUCACCCGAGAGGAGUAAAUACUGCAUCAACACCAAGAACUACGAACAGCCUACAAUUUCUUCAAAGUCUCAUUCUCCAUCUCCCUACACAAAGAGACGAAUGUGUGAGCUCUCUGAAGACACCCGGCGGCGGCUGGCCCAUUUAAAUCUGGGACCCUAUGAAUUCAAAAAGGAAACAGAUAAGCCUCCAUUUGUGAUUAGACAUGUUGAUCCCCCAAGUCCCAGGACUGAGAAUUUUUUUGGAUCACCUGGCCGAGACUGUGAACGAGAUGGAUGGGUCAGGAUGCACAGUGAUCAUCCUCAUCUUGGCUGCUGCAGAUCCAAGGACUACAAGGUUAUCAGGUCACCACAUGGGAGAGACUUCGAGGAUCCCUUUGAAAGGUGUGAGGAAUAUUUGAGCCCAAGGACAUGUAGCAAGCCCCAGCAUUCUGCACGGACCUUACUAGUCCAUUCAGCACCUUCAACAACACCAAAGCAUUGUGCAAGCCCUGUGCUAAAUAGAGCCUCUCUCAGGGAAAGAUUCCACUCUGACUGGUGUUCACCUCCAAACUGUGAUGAGAUCCAUGACCGGGUAAAAGAUGUCUUGAAAUCACAUCAAGCUCAUGCAAGACAUUUAUGUGAUGAGAGAGACCCAGAGAAAGAAGACGAACUGGAACUGAAAAGAAGUCUUUUAUAUAGAGACUCUGCCUAUGACAGUGACCCUGAAUAUAGCUCCUUUCAGCGGCCGCGUGGCUCUUUCCAUUUGGAUGAUGGCGAAUGCUGGUCCAACAGAGCAGCCUCUUGUAAAGGGAAAUCCCACCGACCCGUCUUUGAGAACAGCAUGGACAAGAUGUACAGGAACUUAUACAAAAAAGCCUGUAGUUCUGUUUCUCAUACACAGGAAAGCUUCUGAGACCAUCUACCAUAAACUGUAUAAGCGUCCAUGUCAACUUCUCAAUGAAAGCGUUUGAUGUGAUCUGUAUUUGUAUGCCUUUCUUUAAAACAGAUGUUCACUGAGUAACAGACUUGAACCCAGCAUAUUUCUUCAAGUGGUAAAUUAUCACGGUCAAGCCUUUAUUACAGAAGAAUGUGCUGUUUCCAAUGUCAAAACUCUGCAAUAUAGUCACAACUUCCAAUUUGUGACAAGGCUAUCCCACCACAUGUGCUCCUAUCUCCACUGACAAACUGAAGAAUAGGUUCUUUCUAGAAUGUUCUUCUGUUUUUAUUUCCUUUUAACUUUCCACCUGCUUGGAUGGUUGUCUUAUCUGGGUAAUAUUCAAUUAAUAAUAGCUUCCCAUUCUCAGUAAUGAGCAAAAAGAUGUUCUCUGCAGAAACAAAUUUUAAUAAUUUAAACCUGUUCUACCAAAUAUCCACUUUUUCCCCUUAGAAGAGGCUAUUGUAUUUCCUAGGUCCUAAAAGCUAGCUUUCUUUCUAAAGCUCACAUAUGCACUCACUCACUCCUCUAGAAGACCAGCUGAGUUACCUGAAUGACUAAUGGCUAGAUUCCUUCACUAGGAGAGACCAUGAAUGACCCCAAAUGAAGCUAAUAUUUUAGUGUUGAAUUAUUUGCAAUAUGUUCGUCUAAGGAAAUACAUUUUGAUGCAAACAGAAUAAAUGAAGCAGCCUGUGUUAGUAAGCAUGUGGAAACUAAAAAUAAAUAAUUGAAAAUGAAAAAAUUAUAUUGUAAUUUUACCUCUGGUAUUUUCAUAGGUAUCACAUGACCCAGGAAAUUAGCAUCCACAUGUUAAAAAAGGGAAUGUGGAGGGAUGAAAAUAACUCAGCAGGUGUCUUUUAGUAAACACCCAUAAACCUGGUGGGGGAUUGAUAAAGUGUGUGUCUUGUCCCCCUACCUGCUCCCUUGAAGCCGGCUUCACUUUGCAAGUGCAGAGAAAGUGAUUAGCAUUGAACCACAGUGAAGGGAGGUAAAGUGGAAAUGAGAGAAAUGGGACUCUGCUGAAAGCUUGUGGGGCUGACUACAAGGCAGUGUUUUUUCCUUGUCUCUACCACUUGUUAAUUCAACUUUUUUUAUUUAAAAAGAAAAUAAAAACUUGGACUCACACUCUGUUUAAAUCUGAGAUUAAGCUAUGACAUAUCUUUGUUAUGUUAUAAUAGAACUCUUAAACAUGUCAAGGCAUCUCAGUUUGGCAGUCUGUACUUAUCAAAAAGAACAUCAUGAGCAAGCGCGUGGAUCUAGGCUUCCAUUUCACCUCUGACCUUGCCUAGCUGAGUCUCUAGAAUUCUGUUCUUACUUUUCCUAGCUGCUGUAGGAAGAAUGUGGGGUAGCCCCCAAACCCACAUUCACCAAAAUUUUGUGAAGUGGGUAUAGGAGCAUAUAUCUAAUUAUUGUUCAUGUCUGCUUGCUACACACACACACACACACACACACACACACACACACACACACAGCCAUUGGGACUGGAGGGUGCUGCAAAUGUGGGGACAGUGCUUGUAAACUCACCUGGCCUUGGAAUUAGGUUCCUACAUUUAUAGGGAGCCUUAUAUGUCAGAAGCUCUAGUGCCCAUGGUGUGCUCACGCAGAAAUUCGGAUGCUCAGUUGAUGUUUUCUCAUCAUUUAGUGAGUUAACUCAGCAUUUUCUAACCAGAGAUCAUUUGUUAUUGUAGCCACCACUCCCUACUCUGCUGUUCUGUUCCACAUUUCCAAAUGCCAUUCUCAGAUGUGUUUGGACAUAGGCUAACAAAAUGUUGCAGCGUGUGAGCACUGAGUUCCCUGACAUCGGUUUUAUUAUGAUGCACACACCAUGUUUCUAAAGGUUAGCAUGAAUAAUGAUCUUUUUAAAAAUCCAUGUUGGAGGACUGGAGAGAUCAGUUGGUAGAGUGCUUGCCAUGUGAGCAGGAGGACAGAGUUCAGAUCCCAGGCAGGCAUGGAAAUGCUGGGUGCAUCAGUGUUCCUAUGUAAUCCCAGUGCUAGGGAGGGAAGACCUCUCAAGCUCACUGGCCAGGUAAUGCAGCUGAGUCAGUGAGCUAUAGGUUCAGUGAAAUGAAAUGGUUCAAAUUUUAAUUUUGGAUAGUAACUACAGAAGAUACUUAAUGAAAUGUGACCUCUGACCUUGACACACGUUGUGGUCCUGGGUACCUGUGGAGGAGACCCAGCCAGGGUGCAGUGUGAGUCCUUGGUCCGGUCUGGUGGCUGGAACCGUUGAGAGGCCUAUCCCAUUGCUCUAGCAUGGCGGGUUUAGAUGAAAGGAGACAGCCCAUGAUUUUACAGCUUUAUUGUAGAAAGUAGAGGAAAAGAGAAAAGGUAGAGAGGUAGAAGCCAGCCAUGGCCACGUGGAGAAAGGGGGGAAGGAAUGGAGAGAGAGGGAGAACAGGGGACAAGAGACAGAAGAGAGCAAGAAAGUAAGAGAGAGAGGGCAAGAGCAGGAGGAGGGACCAAGCACCCCGUUUUAUAGCAGGCCAUGCUGCCUGGCUGUUGCAGGUAACUGUGGGGUGGGGCAUACCUGGCUAUAGCCAGGUGACUGUGGGGUGGAGUUAAGCCAGAAUACUUGGGGCAGGCAUUGCCCUACAUGACUGAAGGCCACAGGGUUAUGUCAGACAACACAUGAACAAACACAAACAUGCACAUAUACAAUCCAUAAUCUGAGUGGAAAUCAAUCUAUUUUACUUUAAUGGAAAAAAAAGCUAAAAUGUAAUCCACUUAAAAUUACUCUUUGACCAAGCAUGUGACACACACCUAUAAUCCCAGUACUUAGUAGACAGAGGCAGGGGGAUGGCUGUAAGUUCAAGAACAGCCUGGUCUAUAUUGUGAGUGUCAGGUCACCAAGGGCUACACAGUGAUACUUUGUCUUAAAAAGAGAAAAACAAAAACAAAAACAAUAACAAAAAAACCCAAAAAAGCCCAAAGGUUUGAUGAAAAGGAAAAAAAAAGUCAUUUCAACAUUUUCUAUUUUAUAGAAAUACCCAAAUAACUAAGCCCUUUCUGCCCUGUGGUGACUACUAGGUGUGGGGAGAAAAAGACAAGGUAAGGGACGCUCCAAAGGGAGCUUCAGAAGCUCGCGUCCUGGAAGGUGUUUGCUGUGGAGAGAAAUUGGUAUCUCUAUGAAGGAUGAGAGAAAAUUCCUAGAUAUGUAGCCUCUUUCAUGAUUGUCCGUCUGCCUGUCUCUGUUCCCUGGAGGAAGGAUAGUUCUUCAUUAUUCCAUGACUGUAGGUUCUUAAGCUGUAUCACGUUUAUAGAGAAAUGCGUUUAGGGAUUAAUAGUAUUUUAUCAUUUAUAGAACUUUACUGAAUUUCAUAAAAAUCUAAAAUCAUUAGGCUUAAUUUGAAGAAAAAGACUUUUUU